UAUACAACAGUGGCAUUGAAGCUAGAUGAGCUCCGAUGCUGCCAGUAUUCGCUAGUCUUGAUCAUUUAAUGGUUGUGCAAAUAAGGGACGAUUCCUUGGACGAUUUGCAAUAGUGCUCGCUCGAUUUCAGUGAAAAGUGUUGUUCAAAAUGGAAAGCUCAUCAUUGGACAGCAGUUUACCGAUGAAAAAGUGGUAUGACAAUGUAGCGCUUACGAUUGGCUCACGAACAAAGUUAUAACAUAAACAUUAGGAAAGAUGACAAUGCUAUUCCCAAAGCCGAUCAAGUCUUCGACGGAAGUCCCGUGAAUAUAAGCGAUGCCAUUCAGAGGGAUCAAUUUGCAUAUGGUAGUGCUACGCGGACUCCCGAGCCAUUUCCUUCAGUAUGCUAUGAUAACUUCAGUUAUGUUCCAACUCGUGUUGCGGUGCAAAGUUUCACGCCAAGCCCAGAAAGUCAACUAGCAGCAAUGGCAGGUUACACCCAUAACCAGCCGCAAAGUUUUAUUCAGACACAAGCGAGUAGUGAUCCACAAGUCUUGCAUCAAUUGCAUCCCGUACAGCUAGCAUGUCUCGAACCUGCGCCAAGCCAAGACAUGCAUGAGUUGCCAAACGAAGCGAUCGUGAGUCAAACUCCGUCUUGCAUGUAUGUGCCUAGUCAGGGAACCCCAGUUAACCAAAUGAUGAUCACAUCCGACGCGGAGAAUUUGGGGACCCAACAAGUUCAAGACUUCCCGACGAUUGCAGCACCUUCAACGACUAGCAUUUGUAACGAGACAAUAUCGCCAUCGAGUGCUGCAGAACCGGUCCCCGAAAUAACUUACGCAGAACAUUUUUCAUCAGUGCAACUAACCUCUGACGAUUUGGAUACAUCGAAUCCCAGUUCGGCGUACAGCAUGCCGUCUUCGAGCUAUGCUCAAGUGCCUUAUUUGCCAUUCUUUAAUCAAGCAGCUAUGCAUCCAGGCCUUGCGGCCCCAACCGUUCAAGCCAUCGAUCCAUCGGCGAGCCACGUCCAAGUUCCGGCUCCUAAUUCACCCAUGCAGAAGAAGAAAUCACGUAAGGGCACAUCGUACGACGCCGAGGUCCAUUGCAACAUCUGCAACAGGAAAUUUGCCGGAAUGAGCAACUUCAGGCAGCACGUGCAUCAAAAGCACCAUCAGGGAACCCGACCGUUUCGGUGCACCAUCUGUGGAAAGUCGUACCUCACCGAGCAGAACAUGCUUGAGCAUCGCCGGAACCACGAUCCCAGUAUGAAGCCAUAUAAGUGCCAAAGUUGCGAGAAAAGCUACCGGCAUGUCAAUGAUCGUGUUCGGCACUUCGAAAGGCAUCAUGGUACGAUGCCGUAUGUGUGCGUGAUCGAGGGCUGCUCGAAGGCGUUCACGCGGCGUGAUAACUUGAGGAGGCACUUAAACUGGCACGAGGGCCAAAUCAGGCGACAAAGGAAUCGGGAGGAGGAGCGGGUGAUGUCACAACAGGAGAAGAAUAACCGCAAAGGAAGAGAAGAGUGAAGGGUAAGUUUAGUGUAUGAUUCAUGUGAAUUCAUCGCAUCAUAAUUGCUUGGUCUAAUAGACGUCUCACCUAGUGAUAAACAAAUACUUUGUAGUUCGCAAAUCGCUCACUUGUGAUACUUGCAUGUAUAGAUAGUAGAGUAAACAUAGAUCCGUGUUGAUGAAUCCGUUGUAUCCAAACGAAAUGUCAAAAUCUGUAUCCAAACGAGCAUGACGUCACGAUUUGGACAACAUCAAUGGAGCGCAUGACGUCAUAUUCAACCGUCGAACUCUUGAAAAUUACUACUUACACGCUUGAAAC